AUGAGGACUUACGAGUAUGUGGAAAUAUAUCCUGGUCCAAAUUUGAAUGUUAUUGUUGGACUAAAUAGAACAGUUUAUGUUUGGCAUUUGGUGGUACUCCGAGAUUAUUUACUUCUAGAAAAUAAGCAUAGGGCGCAGUUGUCCUACCAUCUCAGCAAAACUGCACGUACCAUUCGCAUUGAAGCAUUCCUAAGGACACUCAAAGAAUAG